AAUAAUUUUAUGUAAAUACUAAAUAUAUGUAUUAUGUAAGAACUAUUAGGUAGCCAGUUUUCACCUUUAUUUGCCUACGUGUAGUAAUUUUAAUUACCUGACCAGAUAUUCCAUUAUGUCGUUAAACUUGCAGUCACACACUAUUAGCCAAAGAAAAAGUUUGAAGUUGAAAGGUACUAAAACGUCAGUUACAAAAAACCAAAUUUUAAUUUCUACUGGUAUAGUAUCGCUGGAUGCAGUUUUGGAUGGAGGUAUUCCAAUAGGAACUGUGGUUCUUGUGGAAGAAGAAAAUUAUGGCCGAAAUGCAGAUUUGAUUACAAAGCAUUUUAUAGCUGAAGGAGUUGUGUGUAAUCAUUCUAUUUUAAUUGCUGAUGUUGAAAGAAAACCUGAAGCAAUUGUAAAUGACUUACCCAAACCAAUUCAUGAAGAUUGUUUUCAACCAACUGAUACUGUUGCUGAGGAUUUUAAAAUAGCUUGGCGAUAUAGCCAAAAUCCAAUAUAUGACUCUAAACCAUAUCAUACAUCCAUAUCUUUUGGACAUACAUUUGAUAUGUCAGCUAAAAUUCCUGUCAAUGAAUUACAAAACAUUAAAUAUUGGCCAGCAGAUAAAUCGCAAGGCACCAGUUACUCUAAAUUAUUAGAACACAUAAACAUAAUAAUAACUAAUGGUGGUUUUAGUACAAAAAUUCCUGUUGAGCAAAGACAUGUAUUAAGAAUAACAAUUAGUAAUUUGUUUUCACCAAUUUGGAAUUCUAAUGAUAUGAACGUUGUUACAUUUUUAUACAAACUUCGAAUUCUUGUGCGUUCUUCAUAUGCUACUUGUCUUAUAACAACUCAAGCUCAUGUAAUUGAUGAUGUGACUAAAUGUCGGAUAGAACAUUUUGUGGAUACAGUACUAAUCCUCAAACCAAUGGAAUUAAGUUCAUGUGCUGAUUAUAAUGGAAAACUUAUCAUUGGUAAAUUGGCAUCAUUUAACACAUUUUUAUACGAACCUCUAUCUGUUGAUUGGGCUACAAAACUCACAAGAAAAAAAUUAUGCAUUGAGAAAUUACAUCUUCCGCCAUGCUUAAACACUGAAGAUGAUAAUGAAAACAUUCAGACUAAGCAAUUGUCAUGCGCCUCAACAACUUCUGUAUUAAAUUUUUAGUUUGUUUUUACCUGUCAGAAUUUUAUAUAUUUAGUUUAAUGAAAACAAAUAUUUUUAUAU